AUGGGAAGCUCCGCGCUUUCUGCCCUCCUACCGCUGCUCACCGGAGCUUUGGCCUUGACCCAGGUCCAGGCAGGCUUCCAUUCCUUGCAGUUUUUUGCCACCGUCACGUCCCAGCCUGGUUCGAGAGAGCCUGCCUUCAUCUUCGUCGGCUUCGUGGACGACUCACAGUUCCUGUGCUACAACAACCAGCGGGAAAGUCAGAGAAUGGAGGCCCGCGCGCUGUGGGUGAGGCAGAUGGGGCCCGAGUAUUGGGAGCGGCAGACCCGGACCGUCAAGGACAUUGCAAAGAAUUCCCGAGUGAACCUGAAGGAGGCUAUGGGCGUCUACAACCAUAGCGAGGAUGGCUCUCACGUCUUUCAGUGUGUGUCCGGCUGCGACGUGGGGCCAGCGGGACUCUUCCUCCGCGGGUACGAGCAGCAUGCCUACGACGGCCGCGAUUACCUCUCCCUGAACCCGGACCUGCGCUCCUGGACCGCAGGCGACUCGGCGGCGCAAAUCACGCUGAGCAAGUGGGAGGAGGCUGGUGUCGCGGAGCAAAGGCGAUCCUACCUGACCGGCGAGUGUGUGGAGUCGCUCCGCACAUACCUGGAGAUAGGGAAGGACACUCUGCUAGGAGCAGAUCCUCCAAAGGCACAUGUGACCCAUCACCCCAGACCCGAAGGAGACAGCAUCCUGAGGUGCUGGGCCCUGGGCUUCUACCCUUCAGACAUCACCCUGAUCUGGCAGCUGGAUGAAGAAGACCAGACCCAGGACAUGGACCUUGUGGAGACCAGGCCUGCAGGGGAUGGAACCUUCCAGAAGUGGGCAGCUGUGGUGGCACCUUCUGGAGAGGAACAGAGAUACACAUGUCAUGUGCACCAUGAAGCACUAACUCAGCCCCUUGUUCUGAGAUGGGACCCUCCAAAACCCACCAUCCCCAUCAUGGGAAUCACCGCUGGCCUGGUUCUCUUUGGAGUUGUGUUCACUGGAGCUGUGGUUGCCAUUGUGAUGAGGAAGAGCAGAGGACUUUGUGUUCUAACACUUUCUAAGGCAUAUUUGAAAAUAAGUGACAAAUAUCUCACACUGACGUGA